UGCCCCGCGGGAAAGAUGGCGCUGGGAGAGAGAAGAAGAGGAGAACUUUAGUUCGGGUCUUAAACAGCGCACUGUCAGUGAGGGCUGUGUAACGGCGCUUGGGUUGUUUCGUUGGAGGCAAGGAACGCGUGAGGAGCGGAUUUCGGCGUCUUUAGUCUUGCCGUCGGACGCGCGUAGAGACGUGAGCUCACGUUACAUGACGAACUGUGCGACUCAUGACGAUAGCAAGUGUUAGCAAAGCGGGCGAGCUGGUGCUGACGGGAAACAGUGCACAAACUUUAUCACCGAGCCUCGGAGUACGCGCUUGUUGAUUUAAUCUGACGGUUUGGGACUCCGGCUUCUCUAAAACGGUUCGGGGAAAAAACAGGAGGUCAUUGAUAGCCUCGGAGUUCACAUGCCAGGAGGAGAAGGGCAAGUGGAAGGAAGAGGAGAUCGAGAGGGAUUGAGUUUCCCUGGUUACCGAAGGGACACGUUCACUGCAAUGACUGGAGCUUGAGAAUGGCCUGGGCCUGAUUACACGUGAUCGAGGACAUCUCAGAACCACCGUCUCACUUUUCGGGAUUGAUGUGCAGCGUGUGGAUUAAGGUUCAGCUUCAAGAAUGACGAGUGCAGCCCCAGCCCGCAAGCCGUACCGCAAGGCACCACCGCAGCACCGCGAAACUCGCCACAAUCAGCCCAUUUUCCGAGAGGACCUUAGUGGCAGCCCCACAGCAACUUGUGACUCUCCAGCCCCAGCCCAGCAUGCUCCCAGUCAGGAGUCAUUAUCAGAUGCUGAAAAAAUUAAGAUCUUACAACAGCAGAAUGAAGACCUGCGCCGCCAUCUCACCCAUACCACUCAUAAAAUGGAAGCGAUGGAGGCGGAGUUCGAGAGCCGCCGGCACUACAUGCAGACAGAGAUGGGCCGAACACGAGAUGAUCUGGAGAAGAUGAAAGACAAGUUUCGAAGACUGCAAAACAGCUACACAGCCUCACAGAGAGCAAAUCAGGAUUUGGAAGAGAAGCUUCAUGCCCUGCUCCGGAAAGUGGAAAGAGACAAGAAGACCAUGGAUCAAGAGAUAGUGGAACUCACCAACAAGCUUGUGGAUGCUAAGAACACGAUUGACAAGUUGGAGGAACUGAAUGAACGCUAUCGGCAGGACUGCAAUUUGGCUGUCCAGCUGUUAAAGUGCAACAAGUCCCAUUUCAGAAACCACAAGUUUGCAGACUUGCCAUAUGAACUGCAGGAGAUGGUGAAUAAGCACAUGAAGAGCAGUCUGCCUGACCAGACCCAGAGCCCUCAAGGAGCCCAUGGCCAGGACCCAGACACACUGAGUCUGACACCAGCUGAUGUGGUGCCCACCUCUGUCAUUGCUCGAGUACUUGAGAAACCUGAACCACUUGUUCUUAACUCUGCUCAGUCCAGCAGCAGUGGGCGGCCAGUGGCUGAGGAUGUAUUUGUCCAUGUGGAUAUGACUGUAUCCCAAAACGAGAGUGCUGGCAGAGAGAAUGGGGCUCCUGGACAGAGUAAGCCUAGUACCUGUACUGGAUCAGAUCAGUCACAUCUUAAUGGUGUGUUCCGUAGUCCAGAUGGACAGUCAGCUGAAGGUGGGGCAGCACCUUCCUUUGAGAAGCUAAACCCCUACCCUACGCCUCCUCCUCCGCAUCCGCUGUACCCUGGCCGGAAAGUGAUAGAAUUCUCCUCUGAUGAAAAGGUAAAAAUCCCUAAGAACAGCCCACUGCCUAACUGCACAUAUGCCACACGACAGGCCAUAUCCCUCAGCCUGGUACAAAAUGAAGAGGAGGCCGGAGAACGGCAGCGUACCGUCCCUAAUAGCCCUGCAGUGUCUGAUGGAGGUUGGCGUUCUGGGACCUCAUCAUCUUCAGGUGGAGGCCAUGCAUCGCACCCACGAACGCCUCAACAGAGUGAUUUAACUGACCCUUUGUCUAGCCAGUCAAGUCCCUUCAGCAGCCCACCACAGCCACCGAGUGCCUUUGCCAGCUCAGGUAGCUCUGAGGAAGACUUGCUUACCAACUGGCAACGAAUGUUUGUGGAGAAGAUGGCACCAUCCUCCGAAGGCACCCUGGUUAACCGUACCUCCUUUAGCAGUGACACAGUAAAGGAACUCCAGAGGAGUCGCAGCAGCAAGUCAGGUAGGGGGGCUUCAGACCGAGGAAUCCUUCGUGGAGCUUACUCUGAUGGAGAAGAGGGCUCCUCAACUCAAAGUUGGACUGCCAGCAGAGAGUCCAGCCUGGAUACUGAUACAAGCAGCAUUGCAGACCUACGCACCAAAAGAAGUGAGUAUGGUGCUAGCUUUUCCCAAGAGGAGAGUGAGCAACUACUGAUGGCCCUUGACAAUGAUGAUGGAGCUAGUGGUGACACAAUGGUUAUGGUGGAGUCUAGCCCAGCCACAGGCAAGCAGCAAGAGUUUGCUGAAGAUGUAGGUGCGUCUUUAGGCAGCCCAGCCGAAGAGCAAGACAUCCUUCCACAGGACUUUCCCGUCAUUAGCCCUAGGGUCCUCGCUGGCCUGGAGGAUUACGCAGAAAAGCCUCCCUCUCACAGACAACAGAGUGGUUCCACCCGCCCUCAGAAAAGCCCCAAAAGGAUGGGGGUCCAUCACCUGCAUAGGAAAGACAGUCUUUCCAAGGCUCAAGAGCACGGAAACCUGCUGGACUAAGAAAGUGGCCUAGCCCCUUGCUUCUUACUUCACCUAUAGUGCUUUUCUGCUUGAUAGAUCUCAAGUCUUACCAGGCCGCAAAAGGAAGCAGGAAUCACAGUGGUGAUUGAUCAGCUAAUACCCAGGCUGCUUUCUUUUAUGGGUUAUUACUGUAACACUUGAGCCACUUUUCUCAGAAGCAAGUUGUUCACUUAGUUGCGGUAUUUAUAGUACAGAUUAAGAUGGUCAUCAUACCUUUUGAGAAGUCUGAUGUACUUCACUUAUCCUUUAAGAAUGUGAGAGUAUGUAAGAAGUAAAUUUUUCCAUGCUCCAACAUCUUCAGGACAUCUUCAAGCUGUGGUGUAAAUUAUAAGGAGAAAACAGGAUAUAGCCAUAUAUAACCUCUGUAUUUGGCCAAUGUAAUGUAAUGGGGGAUAUCCAGAUGAAAUAGCACCCAUAACUUGUUGCAGCAUGGUACUAGAAUAUCACAGAAACUUCAAGCAAAGACACCGUUUUGUUGAAUGGUUUUAAAGCAAGAGCCCUCUAUCUCUAAAGAUUAAAUAAUGAGAUGAUGCUCUAGACUCGGAUCCAGAUACUGUUGAUGUGGAUUAUGCAGGUUUCAUGGGAUCUAGUGGAUUUGAAUCUUUCAGUGCCUAACCCUUUUUAAUGACUAAUGCUUUCCCAUCACCCUUUAAAAAGUAUUUCUUCUUAUGUCUACUUUCAGUUCGCAUCAGGAAUAAAAAUCGAAUUCCACUGCAA